UUCGUGGUCUCCAACGGUUUGUCAUUGAGUGAAGUGAAGCUAGUUCUGAGGAAAGCUCUAGAAACUUGUGUUGCUUAGGUAUUUUAUCUCAUAUAAUGCCAGUCAGACACUCAUGAGACUCUUAGGGGUCACUGUACGUCCAUGUGUCCAUGUGUCUUGUCCAAUUCAGCAAGUAGAUGGCGUCUUCCCAUAACACAGGCGCCUCGUCCCUCCUGAAGAUAGCUGAGUCACAUCUCCACGCUCGCUCACUGAGGACACUUGCGAGGCUGUAUUUCGCGCUCAAACACAAUGCUGACGAUCACUCUGAAGACCCUCCAGCAGCAGACGUUCAAAGUGCAGAUAGACGAGGAGCUGACGGUAAAGGCUCUUAAAGAGAAGAUAGAGGAAGAAAAGGGGCAAGAUGUUUUUCCAGCAGUCGGUCAAAAACUAAUCUAUUCAGGCAAAAUUUUGAAUGACGAUAUACCUCUAAAAGAAUACAAGAUAGAUGAGAAGAACUUUGUCGUGGUGAUGGUUACAAAGCCCAAAUCUGCAGCACCGCCACAAGCUCCUCCUCCCGCACCGGCAGCCGCCGCUACGGUUAGCGCGACUGUUGCCGAAACCCCUGCACAUCCACCCUCACCUCCUGCUGCACCUCCUGCUGCCUCCACAGUGCCGGUACCGACCCCUCCUCCCGCUCCCGUAGAAUCAGCAGCGUCAGCGGAGCCACCCGUGACGCCCGUUACAGCGCCCCCUGCUGCCUCGGAGACUGCUGCAGAAAAGCCUGAGCCUGUUAGCGCCACUCCCACUCUGAUUUCAGAAGAGAAGAACCAGGCAGCCCAAGAGGAGCAGGCCGUCGCCCAAUCAGAGGCCAGCAUUACAGAUGAAUUGGGUCUUUUAGAAGCAGCUGCGUCCAUACUAGUUACAGGUCAAGCGUAUGAAAAUUUGGUUACGGAAAUCAUGUCAAUGGGUUAUGAGAGAGAACAGGUGAUCUCUGCAUUACGAGCAAGCUUCAACAAUCCGGACAGAGCCGUGGAGUACCUGCUUAUGGGUAUUCCCACAGAAUCCGAGCAGCCGCCACAGGAAGUAGUGCGGCCCUCACCAGUGUCGAACCCCACGCCUCCAGCACCACAGCGACCUCAGCCGCCGCCAGACACCACCGGUGCGGAGUCGGGAGCGGCGCAGGCCUCGGCAAACCCGCUGGAGUUCCUGAGGAGCCAGCCGCAGUUCCAGCAGAUGCGUCAGAUCAUCCAGCAGAACCCGGCGCUCCUGCCGGCGCUCCUGCAGCAGCUGGGCCGCGACAACCCGCAGCUCCUGCAGCAAAUCACGCAGCAUCAGGAGCGGUUUGUGCAGAUGUUGAACGAGCCACACGAAGGCGAGGCCGGAGCCGCUGAAGCUCCCAGCGCACCACAGACCAACUACAUCCAGGUCACGCCGCAGGAGAAGGAGGCCAUCGAGAGGUUAAAAGCUCUGGGGUUUCCAGAGGGACUCGUCAUCCAAGCCUACUUCGCCUGCGAGAAAAACGAGAACCUCGCCGCGAACUUCCUGCUCCAGCAGAACUUUGAUGAUGAGUGAACGUUAACCGUUUAGAUGCGACGACACUCGGAGGACGGCGACGGAGACAAUGCAAGCGCUUGGCCACAUGUUGCGCGUGUGUUUGUGAAUGUGUGCGUUAAAGCGAAUAGGACGUCGACUGGUCUUCCAUGAUUAUUUUCAUGGAGUUUAAACUGAAGCCAUGAUGUGACGUUCUAUCAGCACAGCUAAUGUUUUUUUUUUCGAUUUAUAUAUAGCCGAUCCUCCUCGACGAGGUGUCUGUUGUCUGUCUGGUUUCUGCUGCUAUCUCUGCUGUGUGCGUCGAGUUAAGUUUUAUUUAUCACCGUUAAAAACCUGCCAAAAAAGGUCAUCGUUCAUUUCUCGCCAUUGUUUUUCCAGUAUUAAUAAUAAUAGACGUUUCAGUCAAGAUGGAUGCCAAAUUUAAUUUGUCGCCAAUGAAAACAAGCCUUUGAUGGAUAGACGUACGUAUUUUCAACAAGUUGUACCAUUUUUGUUGCUGGAAGAUUUUUGUCAAAUCGAGUCACAGUUGCGUCAAAUUAAAUAUGGCGUCUACUUCCACCAUGUUACAUAAUUUUUAGUGUUUACUUUUCUUUCCAUGCGAGCCUCUACUGUGUAAAAUACAAUGUUUAUGCAGUGGAUGUCACCAAACUACUACUUUUGAACUCAUCUGUUCCCCUACGUUAAACCAUUAAUAUUAUAAAUAAACCAAAUGUUUUGCACUGCAUGGGUAUUUUGGUAUCUUUAAACCCAUGUUCAAAAUAAGAACUGUCGAUAACGUCUACAAUUACGAGUUCUUGGUACAAAACAGCAUUGAUCGUUGAGAUGUCACGAUCCAGUUGGCUGCCUAACUAUAUUUUAUUUCCAAGUUUAUUUCUGUUAUGAAAUACGGUAAUUUCACCCCAAAAUUAAAAUUCUGUCAUCAUUUACUCACCCUCCACGUCUUUCUUCUG